CAUGGUGAAUAGUUUUGUAUGUUAGUCCUUCACUUUUGCUGAGAGGUGUAUUUUUGUCAUGUGGAGCUGUCAAUUGGCUGCCUGGUUGAACAUCGGUGUCUCUUUUCAUGGGGUUGUUGUCUGGGUUUGUGUCCCGAUUUAGACAACCGACCAUUUCCCGUGACCUCUGUAAGAAAACAGAUUGGACUUUGUUUACUGAAAGCUAACCUUACCGAGACUGACGUGUGAUGCGCUGUGUAGGAAUAGACCCAGUUCACUGGGCCCGUUAUUGUUUGUAUUGAUAGCCAAGCCUGCUAAUGUUACACUAGCUCCAAUCGGAGCAGUCUUCUGCCCUGCGUCAGAACUUGGUGGUUUAAUAACAUGCAGUGUUAUGGACACGCUUGAAAUCCUGAAAUUGUGAUUUACGAAUAGGCCUUCCAUUAGGUCUCCCAUAUUUUCUUCGAAGAAUGACUGACGCAAAGAUGCAAAAAACAUGAUCAACACUGAUGGCCUCUCUAAAUGUGAGGCGACUCGGCGGGACACCGGGACUAGUCCACCCCAGAUGCUGCACCUCUUAUCCGCUGUCUUUGUGUGGCUCGUGACGGGAACGACCAUAUCCAGCCUAAACAAAUGGAUAUUUGCCGUGUACAACUUCAGGUACCCACUGCUUCUAUCGGCACUGCACAUGCUCACCGCAAUAGUGGUGGACUACGGACUUAUCAAGCUGCAACUCAUCCGUCACCGAGGAAUCGGCGAGCAGGACUUGACAGCCAGUGCCAAGUUCAAGGUGUUUCUACUGAGUUUGACUUUUUGCGCAAGUAUUGCGUUUGGGAACAUGGGGCUCAAUUAUGUCCAGUUGUCUUUCGCACAGAUGAUCUACACCACCACACCAAUUUUCACUCUGGCCAUAUCUUCCCUGAUCCUCGGAAAACAUCACCACAUUAUAAAAUACACCGCUAUGAUGCCAAUCUGCCUCGGAGCCUCAUUCAGCAUUAUGGGUGAGGUCCAGUUCGAUCAGACAGGCUGCCUCUUCGUUGUCGCCGCCACGAUGCUACGAGGCGUUAAGUCCAUUCAACAGAGUAUCCUGCUCCAGGAGGAGAAGAUCAACUCCGUCUUCCUCCUCUACCUCAUGUCCAUCCCCAGUUUCUGCAUCCUGGCCGUGGCGGCACUGGCCCUGGAGAACUGGGCCGUCCUGGAGUCGCCGUUCCACUACGACCGCCACCUGUGGCUCUUCAUCCUGCUCAGCUGCCUGGGCUCCGUGCUCUACAACCUGGCCAGCUGCUGCGUCAUCGGGCUCACCUCCGCCGUCACGCUGCACAUCCUGGGCAACCUGAACGUGGUGGGCAACCUCCUCCUCUCGCAGCUGCUCUUCGACAGCCAGCUCUCGGCGCUCAGCUGUGCCGGCGCCGCCCUCACCCUCUCCGGCAUGCUCAUCUACCAGAACUCGGAGCUCAUCGGCAACUACAUGGAUGCCUGGUGGGCCCGGCAGAGUGAGAAGAAGGGGGAGGGGGAGAGGGCAGUUGGCGCCCAGGUUGACUGCUGCUCAAGGGAGCGGGAUGGAGACUCCAGCCCGCAGAAGGAGAGCUAUUCCGGGGUGGAAGCAGAAGAAGAAGAAGCCCCUGUUCUGGAAAGAACAUCAGAGGUGGAGAGUCAUCCUGGGGUGAAACAGGAGACUAUAGAUGGCAACAAGGACAAGUUGGACUGAGACGGUCAGAAAGCGAAUGAUGGACAGAUCCAGUGUGGACUGUUGACAGUGUGUCUGUCCAUGUAGGUGCAUGCUGACAGCGGUGGGCAGCAUGAAUCCCCGGGGCAGGAAGCAGUUCCAUGCCUCGGGAAAACCGACAGCACUCAGAACGCGGUACCAGUCCUGUUUCUCCUAUUUCAUUUCCUUCCCCCUGGUUCCCCUCCCCUUACCUCCUCACUGUGCCAAGUUUAUUUAUUUUAUUAUCCUCCUCUGUAAGAGGAUUAAAGGUUCGUCUCGAGGGGUACUGAGAUGGAUGCACACUGGCAUGUAGAUGCCUUUGUGAAAGCGUUUCCCUGUAGUGUAGAUGUACACUAUCCCCCAGCCCAGCCCAGCCCAGCCCAGCCCAGCCCAGUCCAGCUCCCUCCCUGCUCCCUCUCUUAGAGAGAGACGUGUAGACGCACAGUCCCUGCAUGGACCUGAGAGUUUUCCAGGUGUGUUGCUGGUUAUCGUGAGCUCAUAUCACUCUCGUCCUCUUCAUACCACUGUGAAAAUGGCCGACACGAGCAUUAUAUACGUUUGCAGGCGGGAGCGUAACCGUCAAACACUUUUCAUCUGAAAAGAAAAAGGACAAAAUGGCACAACUUUUACUAAGAAGGAGGAACUGUGAGAUGACAGGAAGUUGAUCUUGUCUUUAAACUCCUUUAGCUGUAGUCCUGUCCCCUUUUUGCUUGUGUGUGAGCUGAUCUGAGAACAGGCGAGAUGGUACAACCCUGGUGACAUGACGUUUUCACCGACUCAUCCUUCUUCCUCCUGUCAUCAGAUCAGUUCUCACGGGGUGAAAGAGAGGGCCGCUGCUGUAAAGCACAGGGGGGCGUCUCCGCUUUCAAAGGGCUCUCGUGUGCCAGGCAGGAGGAGGUGUGCCGCAGUCUUCUGUGGGCAGGAAAAGAUUAGCCUGAGGCAGCUGACUGUCAGUCUGCAUUUCCAGGCGUAGGUCACCUUCACCCUCAGCAGAUACACACUGGCUCGUCAGGAUUAGACAUACCAAGCCAUUGUGUGCAAUCAGAGGUACUGUUCCCAACCAAACCCCCUUCUGGGGAGGUCAACUUGAGGCAGCUUACUGUAUGGGAGGCCAUGUGUCAAAUGAGCAUGCUGUUUUUUGCUGUUUAUUUUAAUUUUUUUUUGGUCUUGAUUUUGUUUACAGAGAAGUUAGCUUGACGUGUUCCUCAUUUUGUGAUUCGAUGCACACAUCAUGCUUGCCCACGUUGGCACGCAUUGUUAUGACUGGCAAGCCAGCGGGUAGAAACAUCCGUUAAUGUAAACACACAACACCUGUGCUUGCCGUCACCGACAGUGACCUUGAGCAAAACUCCUCGUCCCCAAAGAAACCGACAGCAACCCUUUGUGCUUGGCUGAGUGCAGUGGCGUUGGAACGUGGCCUUAGCACUGAAAGGGUUUCCGUCGCGUGGGGCUUUUAUUCAUAGUUCUCACCGUCUCGCAUGAGUCUCGCUCCACUUUCAAACUGAGUCUUCCCUACGGAGACGUCAAGAAUGAGGCUCUUGUCAGUCUCCCGCUGAGGUCCUGCUUCAUGCCUUACUUCUCAUGGCCUAGAUGGGUGCUGCUUGUCAAAAAAUGUUUAAAAUAAUUUGUUAUUAUUAUUAUCAUUAUUAUUAUUAAUAGGAGUUUUAUCUGACCUUAAAAAGGCAGUAUUAUAAGUAGUCACUCCAAUUUUGGUGUGUGGAAAUCUAUGAUUUUGACCUGGAGGAAAUAAGUUACUCAUAGGAUUCUUGCACUGUGGCUGCAUUAAGGUUAGUCUGUGCCCAACAUGUGCUUUGAUGCCACCUGCUGGAUGGAAUGAGCACCUUGUCCUUUAAAGGUGCCCAAUAUAAAUCAGGGACAGUUAAGAAAGUAUCUAGAAUAAUUCAUGUCAGACAUUUUAGAGAAGGCAGUUCAAGGUUGUCAAAGCUCUUUCCAGCACAUUUUUCUACAAAGGAGUAAAUAUUAUUUCUUUGAAUCAUUCCUAGCUAAUUUGUUUUCUUGAUAUGGGGAAUGCUUAGCAUUAGGAUGAAGGUUCCCAGUAGUAGUUUUCAGAAAAAGAAAUGUUCUGCUGUUGUUUUUUAUAACAGAAAUCAUUGUGGUAAAAGAUUUAUCCUUUUUUAUGCUCAGUGCCUAGACACAUGAGACAAAAUAUCCUCGGUUUUUAGCAAUGCACAUAAUCCCAGUCAGAAAUGUGAGCAGCAGUGCAAUUAGUCUUGGACAACAAUUUGUACUGUUCUGUCACCUUGUCAACUGUCUGUCUGAUCCUAAUAACAUCCAAAUACCAAGCUGACAUAGCAUCGCUAUACCUUUUUAAAAGAAUGUUGAAAAACAGGUUGUCCUUUUUGUUUUUAUUUGAGGACCAAAUUUGUCACACUUUAAAAUAUGAAGCCUGGAUUUUGCACAUAUAAACGCUGACUAAACAGAUCACACAAACUCAUCACUGUUUUCUUUCCUCUUCUUUUGUGUUCUUCCUCCUACCACUCUUGUUUUAAUUUCCUUUUAAAGAAUGUGUCUUUUAAUGACCAGGAUUGCAUAAGUACAUUUCUGUAAUAAGUGACCUAACACAGUUUUUAGACCGAAUAUCUUUGCUGUAUCCUGUACCGAACAAGAUCACAAAGUUUACGUUCCUGACACCGUCCUGUCAUCUAGUGAGUCUUGUGUUGUGGUCCUGGGGGGCUCCCUGUGUCAGUGCAGUGGUUUGAGUGUUCAGAAUCACUUUUCAAUGCUGUCUCAGGCCAGAGCCAACAGGCAGUAGUCACCCACAUAAGUCUCUCUCCAUUCGUGCCAAUAGGGUGUCCUAGCUGUGAAAAGUAAUUUUGUCCCGUGGUCGAUAAGCGGCACCACCACCAUCAAUGUUCACAUUUGCCUCCUGUCUUCGUUCACAAGCACAGCAUUGUGGCUUUAGCAUGGGAUAAGCAGCAAUAGUUCAUCAGAGCCGACGGCACAUCCUCAACACUGUAUACACUUACCUUUUUGGUGGGGUGAUCACUGUCAGUUGAAAUUAUAUACCUCAAUUUUUGAAUGCAGCAGUUUGGUCACGCUAUUAUUAUUCUUCUUUGUUUGUUAGGUGAUGAAGCCAUCAAGGCAGAUCAUAUUAAACUAGAAUGGGUUGCAGCACAAAAUUGCACUGACGAAUUUGAAAAAAAAAAAAAAAAAAGGCUCCUGUGUAUAUAGUAGGUGUCUGGUGUCAGUCAAAUGUUAGAUGUAAAUAAUUUUAUUAUAUUUAUGUAUUUUGCAAUCAUGAAAAGCUGGCUAAAUAAACUGGUUCAAGAACCCUU